AUGGCCGUUCCUGGGCGGAAGAGGUGUGCUGAGGAGCUAUGCAAGGACAUCUUGGGCGAAGGCGAAGCCGUGCAGCAACCCUUGCAGGAGCUAGUGGUCGCCAGCCUCUGGGACAUCAAGGAGCGCUGUGGGGAGGGCGAGAGAAAUCCCUCCCUCAAGGGGCUCGGUUUGGGAAGUGCCACGGCCCGCAAAGCCAACUUCGAAGUCAGGGUGGGCAGGCGCAAGACUCGGAACACGGGAGCUCGGCACUUUGGUGCUUCCAUGAGGCUUUCCAUCGUCUCUUCGGAGACCGCCAGUCAGCGCAACAUCACCGAGGCAGCUUACUUUUCUCUAGCUCAAAACGACAUGUUCGUGAGCGGAUAUGGCAGUGAGCUAGGAAAACGAGGCU